ACGUAAAAACAUAAACAAAUCGAAUUCCCAACUCAGUUUAUCCUUGUUUCUCACACCGUUUAACAACACUUUUCAAUUGAGACACAGAGAGAGAGAGAGAGAGAGAGAGAGAGAGCUCAAUUGAGAGAGAGAGAGAGAGAGAGAGAGAGAGAGAGAGAGAGAUGGAAGGAGGAGCGAGAAGAGACCAAUGGGGGUACGAAGUGAGGACAUCUUCAGACGCUUGCGUCUCUGCCAUUAACGCUUAUUAUCACCAGGUGCUGAUUUAUGGGAGAGAGAGGUCUGUGAUAUUGAAAGCAACAGAAAGCGACAAAGACUGUGUGUUGGCGAACAUUUUGGCUGCCCAUUUCCUUGCCUCCUCAGACCCUUCCCGAGCUCCUUCCUAUCUCCACGCUGCUAUAUCCAGACUCGAACAAGCCACCUCGUACGAGAAAGCGGUUUUCGACGCUGUCAAUAGUUUGAUGUGUGAGAAUAGAGACGAUGAUGUUGCUCUUGAGUUACAUUUCAAGCUCUUGAAAGAUUUCCCGAGAGAUUUGGCCUCUGUUAAAAGAGCCCAAGUGCUCUGCUUUUACAUGGGACGACCUGAUUUAUCCUUAGCUCUUAUUCAGGAGGUUCUACCCCAAAAUCAAGAAAAGAGUUACAUAUAUGGUAUGCUUGCUUUUCCGUUGCUGGAGCUAGGUCGAAUGGGAGAUGCUGAGAAAGCUGUGAAAAAGGCAUUAGAGAUCAACAAGCAUGACUGCUGGGCACAGCAUAAUAUGUGCCAUGUUCUUCAAAAUGAGUGCCGGUUUAAAGAAGCGGUAGACUUCAUGGAAGGUUGUUCGCCUUCUUGGGAUCGUAUAUCAUCAUUUAUGAUCACGCACAACUGGUGGCAUGUAGCACUUUGUUUCUUGGAAGGCCAUUGGCCAAUUCAAAGAAUCCUAGAGGUCUAUGAUCAACAUAUUUGGAAAGAGUUGGAAAAACCCAAUGCUGCUCAUCCAGAGGUUUACUUGAAUUGUCUGGGUUUGUUAUUGCGGGUGCAUGUUCGCGGCGAAAUUGAAGUCUUUAAGGACCGUCUGAAGAUCUUAAUAAGUUGCAUAACAGAUCAACGCAACUGGUUUAUGGAGUGGCACUUCGAUGUUUUGAUAUUAUGGGCAUUGGCUAAUGCUGGUGAGGUUUCUAAAGCUGAAGAUUUGCUCAAAGGCUUAAAAUCCAGAGCGGCGAAGAUGAACAACAAGAAGCGAGAGUUGAUACAGAAAGGGUUAUCGCUAGCUGAAGCCAUGUAUGAGUACGGAAGGGGUAACAACAAACGAGCGUUGGAAUUGCUUGGGCUGGAUUUUGACGCCGUAAACUAUAAGAUAAUUGGGGCUUCUGAUGAGCAACUUGAUGUGUUCAGUGAAGUCUGGUACUCCGUGUUGUUGAGUGCCGGACAAGCUACAAAAGCAAUUGAAGCACUUGAAAAGAGUAUCAAAAAGAGGGGAGGAGUCCCUUUUUUGUGGCGUCUGCUGGAGAGAGCAUAUAACAUGAUUGGAAGUAAAGAAGCUACAAUUGUUGGUGAGAAGGCCAAGGAGUUAGAGUCCAAGUAUCUCUAAAGUAGAAAAAUCUCUCGCGUUUUUCUUUUGGGAUCAUUCUUUGUUGAUGCCUUAUGUCCAGCACAGUAGCACUGACUGCUGAACAAUUAGUGUUGUGUAUAUACAAUACAAAGCCAAUAAAGAAACAU